UGAUUUGGCUCGACUUUCAGGCAUGAAGGGCUUGGGGAGACUUCACACCCCAGGAGCCAAAGUCUGGAGAGGAGGAGAAGGGCAAGACGGGGGUGCCGGCAGUGCUGGCUGCCUGGGGCUGUGUUGGAGCAUGACUGCAGAGAUCCCAGAGAGCCUCAUGGGUCACUGCUCUUCCACCGCUUGCCCUCGGCUGGGGGCCUCCAGGUGGUCACUGCUCCUGUGUAACACGCACACGAGGUUGCCGUGGGAACUCCUCCCUGACGUGACGUUGGCUUUGGAAGCAGCUGAAUUCAGGGGCUCACUGCUUUUGCUGUAUCUUUCGAGUAGGACUGUGCCCUUGGAGGAGGGGGGCUUUCUAAGAACGCUGGGAGGACCCUUUGGACCACAUCAGUGGAAAUCAUCCAGCAUCUGCCAGCCUCAACCGCCCAUUCUGGAGACAGCAAAAAGGGACAUUAAGAAGGGGGCAGACGUCCGGAUGUGUGCAGGCAGGGGCUGGGGACGCCUGGGCCCAUUCAUGCUUCGGGCUUUCCUGAGUGUUUGGGGUAGGGGACGUGGCUUUGGACAAAUGCUUUCCUUCCGUUCUUCCCCACCCAUCUCACUUCACACCCCUACCCGCGUCUCAUGGGUGGCCACACAGGGUCUCCUACGGCCACCUGUCAGCUUAACAGGGAGGAGCCUGCCCCCUCAGGGCACUCAGAUGAGCCCAUUUCAUCUGCAAUCCGGGCCCAGAACUUUCAUGAGAGGCCAGCCAGAGGCCCCAGGCACGGGUCCCUCCUGGUCCCUUUCAGAGUGGGGUUCCUUUCCAGCUAGCACAGCCUGCUUCCAGGCAAGCGGGAAAGGGGCUCUGAGGCUGCAGGCAAGGCACUGUUCUGUUGCCAAGCACACAGCCUGGGGACUCCUCAGCCCUCUGCUCCUCUGGACGUGAGGUGGGAUGGCGCUUCCUGCCACCGCAGCUAAAGCCACACACGUCGUGCGUCACCACACGAGCAGCACAGGCUCCUCCGUGUCCACACAGACACACGCACACGCCCUCGUGUGAGCAAUCACCCCCUGCAAGGUCACCACCCAGCCGCCCAUACAGACCCCCGCUGACGGAGACAAGCCCCCCACAUAUACACAGAGCAAUAUGCACAGCAGAGUGGCCUCUGGCCCAGGAAGGGCCUGGACGGC